AUGUUCUCAUCCAGGAUAGUCUCCCUGGUGUGCAACAGAGUGAAAACUUCACUUUCUGUUGGACACCAGUCCAUUUUUCAGGUCAGAACUGCCACGAAAAGAGCAGGUGGUUCCAGAACGCAUAUGAAGGACUCCGCUGGUAGACGUCUUGGCCCCAAGAAACACGAGGGAGAAUCCGUUGAGGUUGGAGAGAUCAUCAUGAGACAACGUGGAACAAAAUGGUAUCCGGGGGAAAACGCUGGCAUUGGAAAGGACCACACGAUAUUCGCACUAGAGCCAGGUUUCGUUAGAUAUUACCUAGAUCCUUUCCACCCGAAACGCAAAUUCAUUGGAGUCGUAUUGCGUGAAGGUGACAAACUCCCAUACCCUCACUUUGACCCAAGAAAGAGAAGAUUCGGCCGGUUCCUCAUAAAGAAGCCAGAGGCAGCCGAAGCCGAGCUCGAGUUUCAGAGCCGUAAAGAGUCUCAAACCCUUCCCGAAUUGUUGAAAGGUGCUGAAGAACGUCAGCAGAAACGCGAAGCUAGACUUUUCGAGCUAAAAGAACAACUAUCACAGUUUAUUGAGCUCGAGUCGGAGGAAUUGAAGAACCUGGCUGCUGGUAGAUUGCUUCAAAUCGACAGAUUCUUGAGAGGUGGAAAGUCGCAGGAAGACGCUCGAUUCCACACAACAUACAAUCACCUUUAUGACUUGAAAUUGCAACUACGCAGAAACGAGAUUUCACAAGAGCAGCACGACAAUCUGUCCAGCCAAUACAAGUCAUUAGCCGAGUCAGUGGACUCCAACAUCAUGUUUGAUGCAUUUUUUGACCUCUGUGCGUACAAAACUCCAGAAACAAUCAAAUCUAAUCAGGAGGCUGCCAUUGCUGAACUCGAUAAAUUAGUGAUCCCUAACCAACCUCGCACUAAAGAAUUGAAAGAACAGGUAUUUGCUAUUCUCAAAAGCCAGGACAACUGCUUCACUCUUUCGCAACAACUAGCCUUGAAACGCAAAUAUUUGAAGCCUGUGCUGCCUGAGGUGGAUGGACUGGUGCUGGACAAGCCAGACAAGAAAGCCGUUGCUAUCACGAAAAUCAACUAUGACACACGCAGGAUCGAAACUGUGUACCGUCCGAAGGAGGCGUUCUUACCAUAA